AUGGCACUGUCGGAGACAUCCCUGAUGAGCCAUCUCAGCAACGCCGCUGCAAAGGCUGUCGACGAGAUCUCGCAACUCGGACUCGUCCAGGGCCUACCCCCUCAGGAACUUGAUGACGCGGUUUUGUCCUUGCUCGAGUCUGGCGGCAUGCCCGACCCCUACAAGCACUUGUGGGAGCAGUACUCCCUGCCCUCCGAGGUUGCCGGCUGGCUUGCCGCAUUCGUGCAAGUAGCCGAGGCUUGCGCAGCGAGCAUCGUGCUGAGCGACAUGUCUCUGGCUGGCGCGCCAAUGGUCUACGUGAACGACGCGUUCUGCGAAUUCACCGGAUACACGAAACGGGAGGUGCUGGUCGCAAUGCAGCUCGGGGUUCCCGUCGCCCUUGCUUUCAGCCUUUCCUCCGACUUUUAUUGGGCCGCCUCAGAUGUCGCCCUUCUCGCAGCUGUCGUCGUGCUCCUCCGCUUGCCAAUCGAGCGCAGUUGA